AUGCUCCAUAAGGGACCAGCUCAAACUAGUUGAGAAAAAAACAAAGCUUGAAUACAGUCAGCUCCCGGACACGCACAAGGCAUUGACCAAACGGCGACAGUGCAUAACAGUCAAAAUGCGGCACAUCCUCUCUGUAACCCUGCUGUUGGUGAUUGUGAUGACAGCAGAUGCAUCAACAAGGAAGAAAGAUAGGGUGAAGGAGCCCAAGGGCGGUGUGGACUGUGCGGAGUGGAAGUACGGCCGCUGUGUUCCGUCCAGCGGGGAUUGCGGCGCCGGGCAGCGCGAGGCCACCUGCAGCGAGCUCACACACACACACACACACACACACACCCGGAAGCACAAGUGCAAGGUGCCCUGCAACUGGAAGAAGGACUUCGGAGCGGACUGCAAGUACAAGUUCGGGCGCUGGGCCGAGUGUGACGCCGCCGUGGGCACCAAGAGCCGCAUGGGCACGCUGAAGAAGGCGCUGUUCAACGCCGAGUGCCUGGCCACCAUCAAGGUGUCCAAGCCCUGCGCCCCCAAGACCAAGAGCAAGCCCGCCAAGAAGGGCCGGGCGAGAGAGAACUGAGGCCCAGCCCGUGGAACCACUCAGACGGAACCCGCGGAACACGCACCUCCAUCCUGUCCCCCACGCAGAACAAUCCUCUCCGACCUCAAGACCCGGCAGAGGUGGGAAGAUCACGUGACACUCCUCUGGUAAAAGGAGGGAAAGGGUGUUUUUGGAGGGUAAACCUGUGGCAAUUUGACUUCUUUUUCUUCUGAAUUUCGGUAGACAUCCACACAUGUAAAUGAUCUCUAUAAUUAUAGAAUUGCUGUCUGUGGUUUUACAGAGUAACACCUCUAGGUUCUUAUUAUGUAGAGGUACUUUACACUUUUACUGUACAUUUGGAAAUUUCGACAAUAUAUCAAGUGCAUUUUUACAGUGAAAAUUGAGAUACUGUAGACUUAACAUUUUAUAGGAAAUAUUGAUGGAUAUUUUCUUCAAUUUAUAAAUGAUUUACUUUUUUAAAAAUAAAAACGAAGAUAAUUGGUCACAUUUGUAUGCAGUAGGAACAGUAUAUGAACAUCUCAGUCCAUCUCUAUGAAACCUCACACAUAAGAUGACUUAGUGCUGUGGCCGCUGAAUAAAGGAGUGGAGGACAUUGUA